GAGAGAGAGAGAGAGAGAGAGAGAGAGAGAGCAAGGAGAGGGAGAGUGUAACUGAACCCUGGAGUAUUACAUAACUUAUUAAAAUCUAUCGCUUCCCUUUUUUCCUGCAUUUGGCGCGGACAUGGACUUCGAUGAUGACGAACUACAUACCAUUCUCAUCGAGCAAAGCCGCGAACUCCCCGCGGCCAUGAUCUUCGAGUCCGACCUCGACCUAUCAUUCCAAAUCCAGAUGCAAGAGGCACUCAAAGCCUCCGUCGCUCUCCACCACUCCGACGACGACGACGAAACACCUCCUCAGUUCCAGCUUCCGAACGACCACGUCAGCUUCGCCAGCCUCCUCGCCGAAGACAUCGCGAGGUACGAGCGAGAGCGCAGCGACCGCAAGCACGCCGAGGCCGAGACCCUCCGCAUGCGCGACGACCUCGGCCGUCGGAUCCACGACCAGGCCUUCGCUCGCGACCUGAGCCGGAUCCCCGACCCCGAGUGGGCCAAAACCGGCGACCAAUUCGUCAGGCCGUACGGCCAGGGCUCCUCUUCCACUUCGUCUUCGUGUUCUGCCGCGGUUCCCAAUGCGGAGCCUCUCAGGUUGUAUUUCAAGGGUUUGCUGAGAGAGGAGACCGCAAGAGGUAAAACGACGUCGGCGGGUGUAGGCAUCGCCAUUUGCGACAUGAGAGAUGAUAGGGUUUUAGAAAUGAGGAAGCCUUUGGUUUGUGGUGGUGAUAUUGUGAGCCCCGAGGCGGUUGAGGUGAAAGCUUUGAUAUUAGGGCUCGAGGCUGCUGUUAGUUUGGGCAUAAAACGGCUCACAGUCUUUUGCGCUGACAGUUCGCUCCAUCAGUAUGUUACUGGAAAAUCGAUACCACGGCAGGGAAAUAUUGCCACCUUGGUCGGUCAGGUAACUCUUCUCCAAAGGAAGUUUUCAUAUUGCGGUCAAGUGCUAGUAAGACAUAAUGAUAUCAAGUUUGCACUCAAACUUGCAAAUGAGGCACUAGUUUCUCAGGUCACCUGGCCGGAAGCAAUCAGCAGUAGUGAAAAUAUAAAGGAGACUUGUGCAAUUUGUUUAGAAGAUAUGAAUAGUGGUAAGAUGUUUGCUAUUAAUGGUUGCCUGCAUCGUUACUGCUAUUCUUGUAUGAAAUCACAUGUACAUGUGAAGUUGGUUCAAGGGAUGCUUCCAAAAUGCCCUCAUGAAGGAUGCAAGACUGACCUCACUACAGAGAUGUGCAAAACAUUCUUGACACCGGAGUUAUGUGAUAUUAUGUGCCAACGUGUGAAGGAAUCAUCCAUUGCUGCAACAGACAAAAUCUACUGCCCAUACCCUACGUGCUCGGCAUUAAUGUCGAGAAUUGAAGUUUCUGCGAAUACUCGUGUCGGUGGACCCUGCAGAUGCAAGAGGUGCCAGGGCCUGUUCUGCUUGUAUUGCAAGGUCCCUUGGCACAACAACAUGAGCUGUGGUACCUACAAAAGGUCUAAUCCUUCCCCAUCUGCAGAAGAUGCAAAGCUGAAGUCUCUUGCAAGGAAGAAUCUGUGGCGCCAGUGUGUGAAAUGCAGCCAUAUGGUUGAACUUACAGAAGGUUGCAACCACAUUACCUGCAGUGCCAUCCCAAACCCAAUUUGCCACUGGGCUAGCCAGUUUAUUUUGUAGCGACGAACAAGACAGAGGAUUGGAGGGUGAUCUAUUAUUUUUGCAAUGGAUACAACUUACCACUUGGCUAGCCACUUGUCUUUUAUUUUCCUUCAGUUUAGUAACACGCAUGGAUGUUGGUAUCAAAGUAAUGGCAAAGCCAGAUGUGGUGGGCUAUUCAGGAACAAGGAAGGAGAAUGGCUACUGCCUACUGGAUUUCUAUGGCAAAUUUGAUUGCAACUCAAGUCUUGAGAUAGAAUUAUUGAGGUCUCACAAUUAUCUAAGCCAAGGGCAGUACAGAUAUUAAGAUUGAAGCUGAUUCUUUAGAAGCGGUCCUGCUCAUCAAUGGGGAACCUGAGCCUAAUCAUCCUCACCGUGCUAUUAUCGAUGACCCUCGUCUCUUGCUAAACUGAACAGGUUCAUCCCUCUUCCACAUUUACCGGCAGGCAAACAAGUGUGCUGAUCACCUGGCUCAUCUUGGUGCUGAACAAGAGGAACAUCUAAUGGUGUGGGAGGAAACACCCCCUUCCGUCAGAUACUUCCUCCGUGAUAUCCUGGGUGUUGGUUGCCGUAGAGACUAAUUUAGUGUCUGUUUUGUAACUUUUUAACUCUGUUUCUGUUUUUUGCUGCUGUUUGUUUCUUCUGAAUUUUCCGGUAUACCCAAAAGAAAGUUCGUAACUCCCUUCACAAAUCCCAUGAUCAAAACACGAUUCGGUAUUCAUACUGAGAUUAAGGCAACUGAGCUUUAGAUAAUUUUAUUUCUCUAUCUGCCCCUUUACAAGUUGUCUUUGUAACAACUGCUUGUCGAGACUCGGGUUGUUCCUCCUCUUACUUCCUCAGCAUCAAUUUCACCUAAGACUACCGUGAUUGGAAUGAAUCUACUAAUAUCUCAGGUUGCUUCUUUCUUUGUUUGUUGACCUUUGCCUCAAUAAUACUGUUGCCAGUCAUACUUUUCUUGUGC